AUGACGCGCGCGUUUCUCCUUACAAAUCUCAAGGCAUCGCACUCUGCCCAUGAACCCCUCCAGUUUCAGAUCCCACUCGAUAUCAUUGGGAGGAACAUAUCGGAGAUGGGCCUAUUCCCGUACGAGCCAGGGGAACGGAUCUGGAAUGGUCCUACUCUAUUCAUCAAGGGCAUGAAGAGCAAAUACAUCAACAAACAUAAUGUACCCAUUGCGCGGGAGUUCUUCCCCCAAAUGACCUUAGAACAGCUGGACACUGGACACUGGGUUCACGCUGAGAAGUAA